AUGCCAAUGAAGCCCGUCGCGGUGGGGACACUUCCUGCAGACCUCAUUGAUGCCAUUCGCGGCGGCGCCGUGACGCUUAAACAACUCCACGAUGACAUACUUUUGUUCCACGACGAGAAGGGAAGUGUUGAAUGGCGCUGUACGCUUCAGCCGGGGGAGGUGUAUUCGUACAGACACCAACAGACAGGUGCCAGCGGGUCUGCGCAAGUCUCCCGUUUUACCGCUGUGCAGAAGGCAACGACGCGACCGGAGGAGGAGGAGGAGGAGAAGAGAGCACCAACAGCAAGUGCAGCAGAGGACACGCAUCCACCGCCUCUGCAUAGAGCCGCGACGGCAACUACUAAAUCCUCCGCCGUCGUACAGCAGCAUCGUUCCCUGGCGAUUAAAAUUGCACAUCUCUUAGCGCCGGCACCCAGAGAUCAUCGAGAUCUCCUUCGCUCCUUUGCGGCUGAGAACGGAGACGCAUUGAGUGCUGUGCUGGGUGUUAUCACAGUGCCCAAUCGCCGUGGGCAGCGCGAGCUCGCGGAGGCCGGUUACGAACUCAUAGACAUCGAAUACUACAAUUCCAAAGCGGUUAAACAGCAGGUGGCAAAUCUGGCCCUUCCAAAAGUUGCGCACAACAAAGCUCUUUUGGAUCGUUUUGCCUUAUAUGCAGACCGGGACGUGAUGCUUGCAACCUGUUCAAGAGGCAUCAUGGCAGGACUCGGAAGCUCCAAGCGAAAGCGGGACGAGGACAAUGAUUCAGAGGAUGUAGCAAGCGACGAGGGCGCGCCAGGACGACGGGCGGAGGAACCCGCGCAGGAGGCCGCAAUGACGCUCUUCACCUCCAUGGAUCAGAGCGGCAUUCGAUGGACGGAUGGUGACCUCGCCAAGGGGCAGUGGGUGCUGUCCUCUGCGGCAAAGGUGGUGUUGGACCGACGACAGCGAGUAGACACCGCGGUGGGCUCCGGAGAGCAGCGGACGCUAAGGCCCAUGCCAAUUGUAGACGCGUCACAGCUUGUUGCUGCGCAAGGCGACUAUGCCAUUUUGCGAAAGGAGUACAUUGAUGUGUAUGGCAUGUUGAAGCGUCUGGAGAAUGUAUCUGAGGCGGCAAGGGGGUGGUGCCAGUCCAACGCUAAUCGUAUAUCGGGGGAGCUUCGUGAGGAGAUGCAGCGGUGGUUUGCCGCUCAGGAGCAUCCCUGGACGACUCUCAUUGCCUCGUUCAACAACCUCCAUAAGGCGCUCUACCAACUGAAACGGGAAAUUGAAGACUAUGUGAACCUGCGCGAAUGGGGUGUCUUGAGUUGA